GCAGAUGAGACAGGUGAUUGCAAAAUGGCGGAAGUUCAGUGAGUUUGUCUUGACCUUCAUUGUUUCCAGAAUUUUCCACUCUUAGUCACCGCGAUGUCGUAAAAAGUAUACUUUUCACUUAUUGGAUAAUGCGUAGAAGAGUUUGGCUGGCAAAAGAGCUUUUGUGACAACAACUGACCAGACAACGACAAAGCAGUAUUUAGGACAAAGGACAAAGCAGCAACAGAAGAAACUGUUUAAGAAUCCACUAUGGAGUUCAGAGUAGAGAGUAACAUGUCUAAGAGCCAGGCGUUCCUCCUGCUGCUAAAGAUGGCGGCCUCGGCAGCGAUCUCUUACUACACUCUCAAGUGGCUCCUGGACCAGGUGGACCCCACUAGGAAACAGAAAGUGGAGGCCAAGAAGAAGGCCAGUGCAAUCAUGAAGAAACUUGGAAUAUCUGGAGUCAGGUUGAAUGAGUAUGAGCUGACCAUAGCUGCCCAUCUGGUUGACCCCGGCAGUAUGACGGUGUCCUGGACAGACAUCGCCGGUCUGGAGGACACCAUCAACGAGCUGCAGGAGACCGUCAUCGUCCCCUUCCAGAAACACUCCAUGUUUGAAGGGUCACAGCUCCUACAGCCACCUAAAGGUGUGCUGCUGUACGGCCCACCAGGCUGUGGGAAGACCAUGAUCGCCAAGGCGACGGCCAAAGAGGCAGGAUGUCGCUUCAUCAACCUGCAGCCCUCCGUGCUGACAGACAAGUGGUACGGGGAGUCACAACGGCUGGCAUCGGCUGUGUUUCAUCUGGCCACUAAGAUACAGCCUGCGAUCAUCUUUAUCGAUGAGAUUGACUCAUUCCUGAGAACCCGUCAGUCUCAGGACCACGAGGCCACCGCCAUGAUGAAGGCAGAGUUCAUGUCACUCUGGGACGGACUGGCAACUAACCCAAGAUGUAAAGUUAUGGUGAUGGGAGCCACCAACAGACCUCAGGACGUGGACCAGGCUAUCCUCAGACGGAUGCCAUCAAGGUUCUGGAUCAAUGUACCUAAUGAGAAACAAAGAGAAAGCAUUUUACAGCUCAUCCUGGCAAAUGAAGUUGUGUCUGAAGAUGUGAAGUUGAGGAAAAUCGCGGAGCAGACGGACACGUUUUCGGGGAGUGACUUGCGGGAGGUUUGUCGUAACGCGUCCGUGUACCGCGUACGGGAUCUCAUGAAGGAGGAGAAGGCCAAUAAGGAGAAAGAACAACAACAACAAGACCAACAACAACAACAGACAGAUGAGCAGAAGGUGCAGGACCAGGCUGGAGACACAGGGGGCACUGUGGAAGGUGCAGUGGGAGGCGCACCUGCAAAGCCAGAAGAGUCCCAGACAGACAGUGGACAGCCGACACUCCGCCCCAUCACUAUGUCAGACCUGCAGUUAGCUGUCAACAAACUCAAGGAGACCAAAAACACAACGUCUGAACACACCAGGAACAUGUACAGCUGAAAACUCUCCCAUCCAUACACUCCAGAAACAUCAAGUCCAUCUGUGUUGGUAGUAAUCAUAGUAAAACAUUAAACUUUAUUCCAACACACAACACAAUUAUCAAAUUUUCAGCGACCGCUGUCGCCUUCAUCAGGAUAAUUAUUGACCAAUCACUUCACAACGUGAUCUCGCUAGAGUUACGGUUACAAACACGUGACCUUAUUCACAUCAGAAAAGUGUACAGCUGAAAAAUGAACAGCUCAAAACUGUCCUCUUAGGCCCACUUUAGACAGCAGUACUGGCAACAGUGUGAUCACUGUGUAAAGAGAAUUCCUGACAGUGUAGUCCCAACAAUUUCCAAAUUGUCAACGGAAAACUUGACGCUGUUUGGAAUUAGAUUAGUGUGAUAUUACCAUAGUUUUAUGUCCAAAAUAGAACACAGGCUUUGACCACAUCCAGAACAGAUACAUGUUUAUUAUUUCAAGUCCACUAUGGGGAAAUAAUUUUGGACAAAUAAUCAGAAUGUUACGUCCUUGUUUUGUGAAAUUCUUUGUUUUUAUAGUUUUAAUUUGCUAUACAGAAUGAUUUUUUAUGCAUGAUUCUGUUCUAUAUAAUUAUGUGUGUGCCACAAAACAAAACAAGAAAAGAUACAAGUGUACAAAGUGAGAAUCUUUUCCUUGAUUGUCUUCAGCGUCUGUUUUGCCAGUAGAAGGCCAAUUUCUUCCAGAGCAAAUAAUGAUAAUAAAUAUUGUUUUAAUAUUUGGUACUUAAAGGCCUUGAAAUAGUUGAAUUGCUCUGAUGCUCACAAUAACCAACUUGGUAGAGACAUUUUAACAUCUUCUCUUUGGUGUCGCUACUCUAAAAAGUAGAUGGAUUGCUAUUUAACUUGUCUAAUCAUAAUACAAUAACUAAAGGCUAUGUCAAAAAGUUCUGGAGAGUAAUGUGUCAGAUCACUCAGAUGUUAGGUUAUAUGAUAGUUGGACUUACAACGUUUGAUAAAUUGCAUCUAAAGUCAGAAAAACAGUCAUUCCUCAAUAAUGUCUGAAUAAAGGCCUUCCUAGUGAUCUAGGUGCUCUGCAACAAAUCUUGCUGCUUUAAAGAGAUUAAAAAUGUCUAAUAUCGUGGAUGUUGCGAUCCAAAAUGUAUUGGUUAAAGCUACUAAAAGAUUGAGAAGUGAGAUUUUUUUCUUGUUUUCCCUUUUGUCAAGGCUAAGAUAUAGGAAGUAAUGCUCAGGCCAAGAAAUUAGUCAGUCCAAGGGUUUAUUUGGUACUUAAAGGAAAAGUGUAUAAUUGUUGCAGAUUUGUGAAAUGGGAAUGAAAUUGAGUCAACGAAAUGUCAGCUCUUGUUAAAUAAGCGGUCGUGAAUAAAGAACUUUUCUGUUCAAUUGCUUUACCUGUUUUGUAUGUUUAAUAAUGAACCGUGUCCUUAGUAUAUUACCCAUCAGUGAAAAGAUUGCGGCUAGUUUCAGUGCAUUAUGUACAUUUACACUGGAUUGGGAAAUACAAGUACUCUAAAUUAGCUUGGCUUAAAUGGCCCUGAUAUGGGCAUACAUGUAUUUCAUAAUGUGGUGUGGCUAGAAAUUAUGUCUGAAUAGUGUUGGGAAAGUUAUCUUCAUAUUUCCAAGUUGGAAUUCAUUUUGUAUGCAAGCACAUUAAUGUAGAAAUGUUGUGUAUUUAAUUAUGCUAUGACUGACUUUUCUGCAUAUACCAACAUUGUAUACAACAUUACAAUGUGUAAUGUUACAUGCAAAGCCAAACCAUUUUUGCUUUCACGUAUAGACGUCAUGUUAUUUGAAAUGUGUGUAUUUCAGUUGUUUUUUUUUAAGACUAAUAUCAAGCUAAUGUUUUAUGUACUACAU